AUGGCGCCUGGCAACCACUCUGGCGAAAGUCAUGCUAGCCAGGUCACCGUACCUUGCAUCAUCUUCUUCGUACUGACACCUAUAUUCUUGAUAAUAAGAAUAUGGAGUCGAUUAAAGAGGGGUUCUGGCUUAGGGAUGGAUGAUUACACGAUUCUGAUAUCAUUUGCGUGCACUCUUGCUGUUCAGAUUCUGAUGAUGAUUGCUGUUGAUUAUGGCUUUGGCAGACAUCUUCUGUCUCUCUCUAAAGAUGAUAGGCUUAUGGCUCUGAAGCUAUUUUACGUCGCUCAAAUUUUCUACAAAAUAACCAUCAACCUCACAAAAGCUUCGAUUGUUCUUCUCUACCUUCGUAUCUUCGUCCAACGAUGGUUCCGUAUCUGUUGCUACAUCCUUUUGGGCCUUUUCGUUGCCUACAUGAUUGCGACGGUUGCUGCCUCGAUCUGGCAAUGCAACCCUAUUUCAGGAGCAUGGGACAAGAGCACGAAUCCGACCUGCAUCAGCUUGACGAAGAACUGGUAUGCCAAUGCCGGCUAUUCCAUCGCUACAGAUGUAUUGAUUCUGUGUUUGCCAAUGCAACCUAUCUGGGCAAGCAAGCUGCCCAUCAAUCAAAAGAGGGCUCUCAUGCUGGUUUUCGCCUUGGGAGGCUUUGUCACUAUCACCUCUAUUAUGAGAGCUACGACUUUGAGCUUCUCCACAAAGAGUCCCGAUCCUACCUAUGACAUCACAUCCACCCUUUGGACAAUGAUUGAAGAAAACGUCGCCAUCAUUUGCGCAUGUCUCCCGAUGUGCCGCAUCGUCCUGGCCUGGCUCUUCCCCAAGGCCUUCUCAUCGCCCUCGACCGCCGCCAGCGGAGGUGACGGUUCCAAUGGCCCAGCCUACACCAUUGGGUCAGCACCAAAGCGUCUGUCUCGCUCACAAAGCGAUGAUGACUGGCAGCCGUAUUCCGGGCCUGCUAAGCGGGACGGUCACAACCGCAGUAUUGUCCGCCAUCACCCCGAAGACAGCAACAGCGAAGAAUUUAUCUUGCAGUCAGUAAAUAAACCCUCUGCCUUUGAGAUGGACGGAGGGGCGAUCCGAAAAACCACACACUACGAAAUUUCAUAUGAGCGCGAUUCCUACAACAAGGUGUAA